UUUUCUCCCUCCGGUCAGAACACGCUUCCUGCUUUUUCAGGCGACACAAGAUGUACAGAGACCAGCUGAACCUCACCGCCCUGGAGCCCCCGCUGCAGCUCCGACUUGAGGCCAGCUGGGUCCAGUUCCACCUGGGCAUCAACCGCCACGGGCUGUACCAGAGGUCCAGCCCCAUCGUCAGCCGCCUCCUGCACGACAUGCGGCACUUUCCCACCAUCAGCGCCGAUUACAGUCAGGACGAGAAAGCCUUGCUUGGGGCGUGUGACUGCACCCAGAUUGUGAAGCCCAGUGGGGUCCACCUGAAGCUGGUGCUGCGGUUCUCGGAUUUUGGGAAGGCCAUGUUCAAACCCAUGAGACAGCAGCGAGACGAGGAGACGCCUGAGGACUUCUUCUACUUCAUCGAUUUCCAGAGGCACAAUGCCGAGAUUGCCGCUUUCCACCUGGACAGGAUCCUGGACUUCCGGCGGGUGCCGCCGACGGUGGGGAGGCUGGUGAAUGUCAGCAAGGAGAUCCUGGAGGUCACCAAGAAUGAAAUCCUGCAGAGCGUCUUCUUUGUCUCCCCAGCCAGCAACGUGUGCUUCUUCGCCAAGUGUCCAUACAUGUGCAAGACCGAAUACGCCGUCUGUGGCAACCCCCAUCUGCUGGAGGGCUCACUGUCCACCUUCCUGCCGUCCCUCAACCUGGCCCCCAGGCUGUCGGUGCCCAACCCCUGGAUGCGCUCCUACUCGCUGGCAGGAAAGGAGGAGUGGGAGGUCAACCCUCUUUACUGUGACACUGUGAAACAGGUUUUCCCAUACAGCAGCGGCAGCCGGCUCCUCAGCAUCAUCGACAUGGCCAUCUUCGACUUCCUGAUAGGGAACAUGGACCGCCACCACUAUGAGAUGUUCACCAAGUUUGGGGAUGACGGGUUCCUUAUUCAUCUCGACAAUGCCAGAGGGUUCGGACGGCACUCGCGAGACGAGCUCUCCAUCCUUUCGCCCCUCUCCCAGUGCUGCGUAAUAAAGAGGAAAACGCUUUUGCACCUGCAGCUGCUGGCCCAGGCGGACUACCGGCUCAGUGAUGUGAUGCGUGAGUCCCUGCUGGACGACCAGCUCAGCCCAGUCCUCACAGAGCCCCACCUCCUCGCCCUGGACCGGAGACUCCGCAUCGUGCUCGAGGCUGUGGAGACGUGCGUCAAGGCCCACGGGGAAGAGCGUGUCAUUGCCAGUGACCCAGGAGAACCAUCCGCUGACUCUGCCCAGGUUAAGCAGACAAGCUAGGGGCUGGGAGAGCCAGAUACGGCUGAAAGGACACAUGGAGCUAGAGAUGGACUCCCAAGUGCUGGCUGCUGCCCACUCUCCACCUGGUGAUGCUGGUAGCCCUGAGUCGUGAGCUCAGGAAGGACGGGGGCACCAGGACGCUCCUGGGACCACAAAGGGAACCCACUGAACUUGAAUGUGGCUUCCAGAGGCAUCCCUUUGGCUCCUGUUCCCAGAGAGUUCUGGCCUCACCAACACCGCAGACUCUCUCUCUAGACCCCUGGGAAUCUGAAAGGGGUCAGGCUGGGAAGCACUGGAAACACUGUUCCUAGGAGAGCAUUGACUGUAACCAAUAAAAGGGCAUGAAGUGGGCAGCCUCCUGCCCUUCA